AAACCUGCAAUCAUUCUGAGCGCCAAAAUAAGCGCACCGGUACUAUUUACUCUUAUUCGCCAAACAGAACCAAGCCCGGUCAAUCGGAACUAUACUCGUACACUCAAUUUCGAUAGCUAACUAUAUUUCUCGUAUGUUUUGUCAAUGCAAAAGUCGCAAACGUUUUUGGGAACUUAGAAGGACAGAGCCGUAGGUCGGUGAUCCUGUUCGGGUAUGCAAAUGCCAACGGAAGAAAGUUCAACGAAUAGUUCGGCAAGCAGAAUUCUGGCAAAUAUAAAACUCGAUGCAGUUGACAGUAACAACAACAGCGAUCACAUUGACUAUAAGCUAAAUAUCAACGACGUAUUACGUCGGCGUGGCGGUGCAUCUAAAGAUGGGAAUAGAUCAGAAGCUUCUGUAUCGGUGCGGCGUCAAGGAUCGUCACUCUCUGUAGGUACCGAAGCAAAAUCUUAUAAUGAACCUACCGCUACUGUCCGUCCAAAAACUAUACUUGAGGAUCAUGGCAUUGUGCUUGGUAAAGUGAUUGGUACGGGUAAUUAUGCCAAGGUAAAAAUUGGCUAUUCGGAGGAAUAUGGCAAGCGGGUGGCGGUUAAAAUAAUAUCAAAAGUGAAAGCGCCAGCAGAGUAUACGCAAAAAUUUCUGCCACGUGAAAUCGAAUCGGUGAAGGGUUUGCAUCAUGAGAACUUGAUAACCUUCUAUCAAAGUAUCGAGACCAGUCAUAGGGUUUAUUUAAUCAUGCAACUAGCGGAGAAUGGCACACUUCUCGAUUAUGUUCGAGAUAAGAAAUUUUUAGAAGAACCACAAGCUCGCAAUAUAUUUAAGCAAUUAAUUAGCGCCGUGGAAUAUAUACAUUCAAAGAACGUGGUCCAUCGUGACAUAAAAUGCGAAAAUCUGCUACUCGAUGAAAAUUAUACCUUGAAGUUGAUUGACUUUGGCUUCGCGCGCAAAGAUACGCGCAACAGUGAUCAGGAAGUGAUUCUGUCGAAAACCUUUUGUGGCAGCUAUGCCUAUGCCAGCCCGGAAAUUCUCAAAGCUUUCUUUCCUCCCACAGGCAUUGCCUACGAUCCAUUCAUGUCCGAUAUCUGGGCAUGCGGUGUUGUGUGCUACGCCAUGGUUUUCGGACGUCUGCCCUACGAUGGCUCCAACGUCCAUGUGCUACUUAAACGCAUCAAUGCUUCGCUUGCAUUUCCAAAGAAUCCGACGGUUAGCAACGAAUGCAAACAGUUGAUCGGGAGUAUAUUGGCACCCCUCAAAGUACGCUAUACUAUACCACAAAUCAAAGAGGAAACUUGGUUUAGAAAAAGUUAAUGUGGAAAGAUGAAACUUUACACGUAAAAAGUAUAUUUUUUUUCUAUCUUUUCUAAAAUUAUUUGAAAAUUAAGCAAGAAAUUUUAGUUUAGUAUGAAAUUAAAUACUGAUUUCAUAAAAAAAAGGAACAAUUAUUA